AAGAUGAUUUGACCGACAGCGGGGAGGAAGUCACCCUAGUGAGUGCUGUGUUUUUCUGGUCCACUAAAAUGGCUGUUGUCGAGGAUGGGGACUAGCCUGUGAACACUACACGCAUAUAAGGCGAGGAUUGAGAAGACAACACCGAAGUGUGGAACAUUUAUAUUCGUUUUAUUAAAAGGUGCUGUGGUGUUGAGGGGUAGUAGCUGCAGCCAUGGACACCACCACCUCCAUUAAGAUGACCACUCUGGCCAUCCAGAACCUCUUCAGCUACGUGGAGGAGGAGAACCUGGCAGCGCUCAAGGCCCACCUGGACAAGUUCAAGGAGGUGGACGGCAGGAGUGACAAUGGUCAGACACCCCUGAUGCUGGCUUCGGAGCAGGGCAGUAUUGAGAUUGUACAGGAGCUCAUCAGGAGAGGAGCCAAUGUUAACCUGGAUGAUGUGGACUGCUGGUCUGCUCUGAUCUGUGCUGCUAAGGAAGGCCAUGUAGAGGUGGUGAAGGAGCUGUUAGAAAGCAGUGCUUACAUAGAGCACCGAGACAUGGGAGGCUGGACGGCCCUCAUGUGGGCUGCCUAUAAAGGCCGCGUGGAGGUAACCGAGGUUCUCCUUGAGAACGGAGCCAACCCCAACACUACUGGGCAGCAAUACAGUGUGUACCCCAUCAUCUGGGCAGCAGGCAGAGGUCAUGCUGAGAUCGUCCAGGUCUUGCUGGAGAACGGAGCCAAGGUCAACUGCUCUGACAAGUAUGGUACCACCCCUCUGAUCUGGGCAGCCAGGAAGGGCAAUUUUGACUGUGUGAUGCACCUGCUGGAGAAUGGAGCUGAUGUCGACCAGGAGGGGGCGAAUUCGAUGACAGCUCUGAUCGUGGCAGUGAAGGGAGGUUUCCCUGAGGUGGUGAAGGAGCUUCUGAAGAGGAACCCUAACGUCAACAUGACAGACAAGGACGGCAACACAGCCCUGAUGAUCGCUGCCAAGGAGGGCUAUACUGAGAUAGUACAGGACCUGCUGGAUGCUGGCACCUACGUCAACAUACCAGACAGGAGUGGAGACACUGUGCUUAUCGGAGCAGUGAGAGGAGGACAUGUGGAUAUAGUGAAGGCUCUGCUGCACAAAUAUGCUGACAUAGACAUCAGAGGACAGGACAACAAGACAGCCCUGUACUGGGCUGUGGAGAAAGGCAACGCCACCAUGGUGAGAGAUAUCCUCCAGUGCAACCCCGACACAGAGACCUGCACCAAGGAUUUAGAGAGCCCUCUGAUCAAAGCUACUAAGAUGAGGAACAUUGACAUAGUGGAGCUUCUGCUGGACAAAGGAGCCAAGGUUUCUGCUGUGGACAAGAGAGGUGACACCCCCCUCCACAUUGCCAUCCGUGGGCGGAGCCGCAGACUGGCGGAGCUCCUCCUUCGUAACCCUAAAGAUGGCCGCCUGCUCUACAGGCCCAACAAGGCUGGCGAGACCCCCUACAACAUCGACUGCAGCCACCAGAAGAGCAUCCUCACCCAGAUCUUUGGAGCCCGACACCUGUCCCCUACUGAGUCUGAUGGGGACAUGCUGGGUUAUGACCUGUACAGCAGUGCCCUGGCUGACAUUCUCAGUGAGCCCACCAUGCAGCCACCCAUCUGUGUGGGACUGUACGCCCAGUGGGGCAGCGGCAAGUCUUUCUUGCUCAAGAAACUGGAGGAUGAGAUGAAGACGUUUGCUGGCCAGCAGGUGGAGCCGUUGUUCCAGUUCUCCUGGCUGGUGGGGUUCAUGUCCCUGCUGCUGUGUGGUUCUGUAGCUCUGGUCCUGGGCUUCACCGUCGACCCCAAGCUGGCCAUCGCUGUCUCCCUCAGCCUGCUGGCCUUGCUCUAUGUCUGCUUCGUGGUGGUGUACUUCGGCAGUCGUCGAGAGGGUGAGAACUGGAGCUGGGCGUGGGUGAUAAGUACCCGCUUGGCCCGACACAUCGGUUACCUGGAGCUGCUACUCAAACUGAUGUUUGUCAACCCCCCUGACCUGCCAGAGCAGACCACCCGCGCUCUGCCCGUCAGGUUCCUGUUCACUGACUACAACCGUCUGUCCAGUGUGGGAGGGGAGACCAGCCUGGCGGAGAUGAUAGCCACCCUGUCAGAUGCCUGUGAGAGGGAGUUUGGCUUCAUGGCCACCCGCCUCUUCAGGGUCUUCAAGACAGAGGAAUCACAAGGGAAGAAGAAGUGGAAGAAAACUUGCUGCGUUCCCUCCUUCGUCAUCUUCAUCUUCAUCAUGGGCUGCCUGAUCACUGGCAUGGCACUCCUCGCCGUCUUCAAGGUGGACGGGGCCAACCAGACGGUGAAUGCCGUGCUGAUCUCCAUGGCCUGCGCAGUGGGCCUGGCACUGGUGCUUAACUGCCGGACCUGGUGGCAGGUGGCCGACUCGGUGCUCAACUCUCAGAGGAAGAGGCUGCACAGCGCUGCCAACAAGAUGCACAAGCUCAAGAGCGAGGGUUUCAUGAAGGUGUUGAAGAAUGAGGUGGAGCUGAUGGCGAGGAUGGCUAAGACCAUUGAUGGCUUCACUCAGAACCAGACGCGUCUGGCUGUCAUCAUAGACGGCCUGGACUCCUGUGAACAGGACAAAGUACUGCAGAUGCUGGAUACGGUGAGAGUGCUCUUCUCCAAAGGCCCCUUCAUCUCCAUCUUCGCCAGCGACCCCCACAUCAUCAUCAAGGCCAUCAACCAGAACCUGAACAGCGUGCUCAGGGACUCCAACAUCAACGGUCAUGACUACAUGAGAAACAUCGUCCACCUGCCGGUCUUCCUCAACAGCCGGGGGUUGAGCAGCGCCAGAAAGAUGUGUGUGGCAGCGCCCGCUAACGGAGACACCGGAAACUCAGACGGCUGGCAUGAGGAGCUGGACAGGAAGCUAUCCCAGCACAGCAUCGGGGAGAUGACCAAGUUUGGCAGCAAGACAACCCUGAACCGCAGGGACACGUACCGGCGACGUCAGAUGCAGAGGACGGUGACACGGCAGAUGUCCUUUGACCUGAGCAAGCUGCUGGUGACAGAAGACUGGUUCAGUGACAUCAGCCCCCAGACCAUGAGGAGGCUGCUCAACAUCGUCUCUGUCACGGGUCGUCUGCUGAGGGCAAAUCAGAUUAUGUUUAACUGGGACCGCCUGGCAUCGUGGAUCAACCUUACGGAGACGUGGCCCUACAGGACCUCCUGGCUCAUCUUGUUCCUGGAGGAGACUGAAGGCAUCCCUGACCAGGCCGCCCUCAAGACUAUCUACGAGAGGAUCUCCAAGAACAUUCCCACCACUAAAGACGUGGAGCCCCUGUUGGAGAUUGACGGGGAUGUGCGUAGCUUCGAGGUGUUCCUCUCCUCUCGGACACCCGUCCUCAGUGCACGCGACAUAAAAACAUUCCUACCCUGCACAGUCAACCUCGACCCCAAACUACGAGAGAUCAUCGCAGACGUGCGUGCUGCCAGGGAACAGAUGAGCAUCAGAGCGGUGACCUAUCCCAGCCUGCCCCUGCAGGAAGCUGCUCCCCGCCCCACCUCCGUCUACAGCCAGCAGUCAGGCAUGUCCGCCUGCUCCCCCUCCACCUCCUUCAACGGGCACUUCAACCCCCCAGGGCUGGUGUCCCCACCGCCCCACAGCAGCAACUACAGUGGUAUGGCUGGCCCCCAGCACCCCUUCUAUAACAGGGGUUCAGCCUCGGUGGUGUCGGGGACCCCGGCCAUCCUCCUGAGCUCCAUGAACACAGACACAGUGUGUGAACGUGUCAAACAUAUCGAGGGUAUCGACCAGAGCAUGCUGGCCCAGUACACUGCCACCAUUAAGAAGGCUAAUGUGAAUGGCAGAGUUCUGACCCAGUGUAACAUUGAUGAACUGAAGAAUGAAAUGAAAAUGAACUUUGGAGACUGGCAGCUCUUCAGGGGAACCGUGUUGGAGAUGCGUCACGUGGAGAGCCAGGUGCUUCAUGAGGAGGCUCACAGUGAGGUGGACAGCAGUGUGGUGGGCCACGGGGAACCGAGGCGCCAGGUCGCCCCGCCCCACGCCGGCACCGCCAACCUCGACGCCAACUCACCCAUGUACAGCUUCAACCUGAGCUUUGAGGAACUGAGCAAUGUGGGACUGGACGAGCCUCCCAGGCACAGCAACAACACAUGGCUGGCCCCCACCCACCGCACCCCCAGCAUGUCCAGCCUCAACUCCCAGGAGUCGUCCAACGACAUCGUCAAGCUGACGGAAAAGCAGCAGUCGGAGUACCGCAACGCCUACCAGGAGUACAUCGCCCAGAUGGCCACGCUGGAAGUAGGCGGAGGAGGGGGAGAGAAGCCCGUCCAGCCCCACCCCAACCAGUUCAUGACCUCUGCCAGCUCCGAGGACAAAACCAAGGACAAGGCUACCACCAAGAGAAGCACCUCCAAGCUUCCCGCCGUGGACGCCCCAGACUUCACCACCGCCGAAGCCCCCCUGGACCCCAUCACAGAGGAGGACGAGAAGCAGGACCCCCAUGGCUCCUCCAAGACCCUGCUCGGACGCAAGACGCCCGGGUCCAGUGACCGGGGGAGCGGCCUGUUCCAGGGAGCAGCCGACCUCAAGAUGAAGACCGGCGGGCUGCCCUACCAGAAGCUCACCAGCGACGACGAGGAUUCAGAGAACUCCGAUGCUCCUCUCUUGGGGGACGCGAAAAAGCCAGGUGACCCCAAAGCAUCCUCCCUGGCUCUGGCUAAGGGUAAAGAAUACCUGUCUGACGCCAUGCUGGAUAAGAAGGAUUCGUCUGACUCCGGCAUGCGCUCCAACGAGAGCUCGCCCAACCACUCCCUGCAGGACGAGGAAGCUGACCUGUCCCAGCUGGAGCAGGCCAACCUGAUCGAGCUGGACCAGGAGGAAAGCCAGAGCCGGGCGGCCAGUAAGAGGGGUCUGCCCAGCAGCCUGAGUGGUCUCCAGGACCCAGCUGUGGCCCGCAUGUCCAUCUGCUCUGAGGACCAGUGCAGCCUGCUGGCCAGCAGCCCCGAAGAGAGCUGGCCCUCGUCCAAGAGCUACAACCUCAACCGCACGCCCAGCAACACCACCCUUAACAACAACACCAACACCCAGCAGCAGGGGAACCAGCAGCGUUGCCAGGGACAGAGGGCUCCAAUGGGGUCCACCGACACCACCUGUUCCACCCCUACAUCCUCCUCCAUCAGCGAGGUCAUCAUCUCCCCGGGUUCCGGCACCACCAGUACCACCACCAAGCCCGGCCCGCACAACGAGAACGUGCGCGUGGUGCACCUGAAGAGGGGGCUGAACCCCGGGGAUCCUCCGGAGAUCACCACCGUGUCCUCCGACACCGUCACUUUCGGAGAGGAGCGCGAGAGCAUCCUGUGAGCCCCCCCGCCCAUCUCAUUCCCAGGAGAGCACUUACUCAGUAGAUGUUUGGUGUGGUAAUCUGACAAUGCAUGCGUAGCAAGGUACCAUAGCUAGUUAAAUGGGUAAAUAAAUGAUGUUAGUGCUUGGUGUGCACUAAGUAGAUAGCCUUGUUAAACCAGCCUGAUCUGGCAACCUCACAUUCUGUUACAGGAGAGCGCAGCGGUUCGUCUGGUUUCACCAGGCUACUAAGUAGAGGUAGCUCACUGAGAUGUUGUACUCUGUAUUUGUAUCGUCUAAAGUGAAGUGAAGUGACCUCUACUAACUGUCUUGAUAUUCUCUAGAGGUGAAGGUAGCUAGCUACGUACACUGUAAAAAAAAUUUAUCUUUAGAUCAACCUAAUUUACUUCACCUCUGGUAAAAACAACAACAUUAUUAUGACAAAUAUAUGAUUCAAUGCCAACUGUUAUAUUUCAUUAUAUUUGAUGUUGUUACCUGUUUAUUUCAACACUAAACCUACAUUUCCCCUUUGGUGAAACUUAAUAUAACAAAUCCAAAAAAUAUUUAAUGACAAUACAACCAAUUUUUUAAAAUCUUGUUCCGAGUUCACUUUUUAAUUUGGAAUUACCUAUCCACAUUUCUUCUGUGUUACAAGGAAUUUAAAUCAACAAGCUAAAAAAUAAGAUGUUUUAAAAUAAUUUUUCCAAACUAAAGACCUUCACAUUUCGGAACCACAAUAUCAUAACCAAGCAAUGGCUACCAUCACAUAGAAAAGUUAUCAGGCGCGUUAGUAUCAUUACAGAUGAGUGUACAAGAGGGGGGCAAAAAUAACCAACUGAAAGCCACGCCUCUGCAACUCUUCUGAUAGGCUGCCGUCGCUACAUUGCCCCUACCGCUAUUCAAUGUGCAUGAGGUGUUGAAAGCAAUUUAGAAGCUUUUAUUCAAAUAAAAAAAAUCACAUUGAUCUGACGAAUUCGUUAUUUGAUUUCAGACAAAUUGAUAGAACAGAUUGAAUUAACCAAAGUGUAAAUUGCGAUCAUUCCAAUCAGUAAAAGCACUUAACAGGGCCGUCCCAUUUUUUACAGUAUAAUUUAUAACUUAACUACGUACAGUGACUAACUAUCUGUUUAUUGUUUUGCACUACAACAAGCAUGGUAGCCUGGGUGUCAGUCUGUCUGUGCCAUCUCGCCAACUCCUUGUCAUGCCAAUGGCUUGACAAUGAGCAAGAACACAAACAGAUCUGGGACCAGGCUACAAGCAUGCCUCAACAAUGUUAAUAUUAGCUGCUGCUGCCUAUGUGUGUCAACAAGUGAUGUAUUGAGCUUGUGGGUGGGUAAAAGAGAAGAUACCUGGUAUAGAUGAAGAAUGAAUGCAUAUGAACACGUGAGCCAAAUGGAACAAAAUUGUGUGUGGGAUGUUUUUGUCGUGUCUCAGCAAAUGACAUGGAGGAGAGUCAACUAAACUAUUUGUCUCAUUGCAAAAGCCACAGGGCUUUUAACUAUUUUACCUUCCUAUGGGCCCUGGUCCAAAGUAGUGCGCUAUCGGUGGAAUAGGGUGCCAUUUGGGACGCAUUUACUGCCAACACGAACAAAAAAUGUUGGAUAAAAGGGAGGGACGUUGACACUAAUAUGUUACAAUAAUAGCAAUUUAACAACAAAUUGACAACGAGAAGUAAUCUUCAGAAAAAGUUAUUGAUCGCUGCAGAAUUCAGUUGUUGACUCUUCUCCAUAUGAUACAUGGGACUGUAUGUAUGCUGCUUUGUCAUGAACAGUGGUUGUAAAGUUAUUUGGUUUAUUACAUGUUGUCAGGGCCUGUCUCCUCCCGUAACGUAGUAGAGGCCCCAUUUGUGAAUCCGAUGCCAUUAAAUGUACAUUUUAAUUAAACAGAUAUAAAAUGUACACUUAAUGGCAUCCGAUUCACAAAUCUGGCUACAGUAAAGAUUGGUGUUGCAUGCCUACCUAAUGAACUGUACAUUGCAUGCGUAAAUGAGUUUGCAAAUAUCAGUGCAAAUGUCAGAGUGCUCUCCUAUGUGUUGUCAGAUGAUAACCAUGUGGGAGAAGAACACGAGAUAUUCUAUCUAUGAAGGGAAAGAAGUGAAUGGUGCCGUCAGACAUUAUCUGACUGAAAAAUAAAACCUGGAUGUUGACCUUC